AUGACACACUGCGUCGCGGAGCCCAUUGCUGCAUUCCUUCGUGGCUACUGGAUUGAUGAUGACGAAAGCAUUCAAGCCUCGUGCUGCUUUGCAACCAUUCUCUCUCUAGCUCUUCGUGGCCUUGGUCGCCACACGAUGCGCGGUGGCUCUCUACUUGUUGCAGCCAUCUCAGGUGGCAUGGUCUUUCCUCCUAUGAUGGCUAUUGUGGGUUUCCAAGUUUCAAGUACUAACGUUGUGCACUCUGCAGACAAACAAGAAUGCUCACAUUGCCAUGGAAUCCGAAUGAUAGGCUUUGUUCUCGCAUUGGCUUUUCCCGUUUACGUGAACGUCUCUAAUAAAGAUGCCAUGGAUAGCCACCGGAACACUGAGCUUAAUGUCAUAAUUUCCGUGGGGAAGGAUGUUGUGCUAGAGGAGCGUGCUCAAAGUAAGUCUACAACUGCAACAAUCGAGACAGUUGAGGAGACGAGGCCGAAUGCGCGAUGA